AUAUUCAGUGGAGACGCGAAACAAUUAAAGAGGAGACGACGAGUGUUCGCCUAAAAAGAGAAUUUUCGGAGGAGGAUGCUCGGCAGUUGGGGUUGGGAAGAAAAAUUGGAGUUGGGAGAGGGUACAACAAUCCCGACGCGAGAGAGACAAAGACGAGAGAGCCCAGACUCGACGCAUCCUGUCCCCGACAGUCGGGUGCUGAGGUAUGCACCUAGCCGGUGUCACCACCCUCCCAGCUACAGCUCGCCUUUCAGCACGCAGCCUUCUCUCUAUUGUACGGACUAGCAGCGUGAGAUGGUCAAGAUGCUGACUGCUCACCCUGAGAUGCACGAGAAGCGGGAUGGCCUCGGCAGCGGGCAAUAUGGGGCAGGCGGGGGUGGUGGCACUUCGAUUGAAGAGAAACCAAUUCCAGAACAACCACCCCCGCCUCCUGCACCUCCGCAACGAGACCCGUCUGAUCCCACUAUCAGCGCUAAAAAGCUUCCAAAGAAACGAAAAUUCGAUCCAUCGGAGCUUGAGGAGAUGGACAAGACCAGCAAUGUCACUAGCAACAUUAACAAUAUGGUUCAUAUACGCCCGCCUGCUAUGCCGCUUAGCGGCCAGCCGGGUUUAGGACAACAAUCCAGCGUACCAACUACCAUCAGCCGAAAGUCGCCGCAACAGCAGGAGUCUGAGUGUUAUCAAGUACCUCAUUCGGUAGUAGUGUUACCUCCUCAAAGCACAGCGGUGGAUUACUCUCUCCGUGAGGAACCUUCACGUUCUCGUCCUCGGCUUGCUAUUGAUCUCAGUGAGUGGCGCGAUCAUAGAGUGUUAGCUUUAAGGGAUUCAUAUUAUUUCCCGGGUGUUAUACGUAACGUUGUUCACGGUGAGAUAUUAAUUGAGUUUGACGGCGAGAGGAAACUAGUGCGUUAUAGUGACGUUCUGGGUGCAAGACGGUACGAUGUGAUAGGAGAUGCAAGCCCGUCUCUGGGACAGGUGAUUGAGGAAAUGAAGGUUUGCAUCAGAUGUCCGACUUCGAUCAGUCAUGUGGACGCGACAAAAGUGUUUGUAAAAGGGACAGUGAGCAGAGUAUUAAAGAAUCCUUCUCGUUUUCUUGUGAAAAUACCGCGAGAGGACAAUCAGUGUGAUAGUUAUAUGGUGAAACGCGCGGACUUGCGGCUAGUACAACCUCCAUGGGCGGACGAGUUAGAGGAGGGGUUGGAAGAAUGUGACCCUACAAGAGAGAACAUUGAACAUGGAUAUCGCAAUAUCACGGAAGCUCCGACAGCAGUGCCAAUUUUGCAUACUUCUCAUCAUACAUCGCAUAUAUCAAGUCACAAUGAUACGAGUUAUUAUAGAACGACCGGUACCAGUCCUCUUAUGACUUUAGGCACUCCUGCACAUUCUGCCACGGCGUUAAGUAAUGGUAGUCGGCCGUACGACGAUUUAGAAAGCGAGGAUGAUUUAGACAGAGAAGAUAUUACAUUUCCCUCGGAUGCAGAUGCAAAAUUGUCAGGGAGCAGCAAAAGAAGCAGCAUGCAGAGCCGAGGAAGUACCAGUAGCCUAGUUGAACAACGUAGUAUAACGCCUCGCUCUCAGGCAGCCACACCUCGAUCUCAGGCGGCAACGCCACAUAGGUAUAAAAAGGGUGACAUAGUGGUUACACCAAGUGGAAUAAGAAAAAAAUAUAAUGGGAAACAAUGGCGUCGACUUUGUAGUAAAAAAGACUGUAAUAAGGAAAGCCAGCGAAGAGGAUACUGUUCUCGUCAUCUUAGCCUUAAAGGAUCUGGUCUUAGAGGUCCAGCAAACACAUUUCCUGGUGGUAAAAUGGAUGGCGAAGAAACAUCGAGAGAUUCCGAUACCUCGCCAAAUUAUGUUGACAGAAGAAUAACGGAUAGAUUCGACGAAACUGAAGCUGCUAAUAUGCUUGUGUCUUUGGGGAGCUCUAGAUCGGCUACGCCAGCCUUUUCGUCACCGACGGGUCAAUCUUCUAUAUCUCCAUGUAUAAAUCAGUCACCAGUGCCGCCAUUGGGGCUCAAUCAGAAUAAUGUAUUUAUGCCUAUUUCGAGUCCCGCUCAUCAUGCGACUCCGCUGAUCUCACCUGGCGCAAAAUGGAAGCAUUCACCUACACAAUCGAACUUUUUGGUUCAGUACCCGCAACAAGUAAUAAAGCCUGAGCCGAAUCGAGUAGAUAGAAAUCGACCGAUUCCGAUAACUGGUGCUAUCCCUGCCAGUUUAGGGACGAGUGUGAUAAGAAUCUCCCCAGUGAGUCGCAGUAUGCAACCCGGACAGAAUCCGACUCUGUCGUGGUCGGAACAAAGUCCACCACCGACGAGACAUCCCUCAGUCGUUACAUCGAUCGCGCAGCAACAACAAAACAUAAUCUUGCAACACGCGCUAACGUCGACCAACGAUUUUCCCAAUCAAACCGAGAUGUCCGAACAGAAUUCGCAGUUAAUAAAACCACCGCUCUCACCUCACAUGCCUCUGCCCGCUAUCCCGGUGCCGCAGAACUUGACACUUGUACACAAAUCGUUGGAACAACCAGUCGACUAUGCGCAGUCGCCACAGUCCCAAGGCCAGCCGAUCUACGUGAUGCAGCAUGAAAAAAAGUAUCUCGUGAUAAAGAACAGCAUGGACAUGUCGGCACCAGCGAGUGCGCAUAUAAGCAAUCAGGAUGACAAAUAUCGACAGAAUUUAAUCAACCAUCCGGGCCAAUUACCGGUCUCCACUUUGCAUCAAGUUCAGUGUCAACAACCUCAAUCACCCGCAAUUUCAUCCGUCCACAUUGAUAAACUGUCUGUUUUGCAGCAACCUGUGAAUAAAGUGAAUACACAUACGACCGUGCAUAUGGACAUGCAGAGAAGUCAGCUGCCGCCUACAAGUGCUGUAAUGACAUCCUCCACAGAAGCAUCUAAUCUGUCUACUCCGACAAGCGUCUUCCAACACGUAAUUGUUCAGCCAGGACAUUUGGUGCAAAUUCCAAAAACUCAAUCUUCUAGAGAAGAGAAUGCAAAAAACAAUGGGAUUCUCUAUGGCAGCCAUGAAGUUCCUCCUGCAUACCAGCCUCAUCCCCCAUCAUUACUGAACAAUGUGCACAACUGGAAAAAAGCUUUUUCCUGGCAGACGACAGUUCUGGAACACUCAGAAGUGAGCCCUCCUCCUUCUGCUCUGAGUCCACCCCUGAGCGCACCUCCAAUACCAAUAAGUAUGAGCACACCUGCUGAAGAUGGCCCUGGUACUGGUUCAGAUCCCAUAACACCUGCCGAAGAAGAGGAUGAUGAUGUUUUUGAAGCAGAACCAACCCCACCCGCAGAAGUGGAAGCUAACGCUAAUAAAAGACGCAGUCAAUCGCUCAGUUCUUUGCAGCCGCAGACUCCGUUGAAAGCUAAAGACAGAAUACGUCGACCCAUGAACGCAUUUAUGAUUUUUUCAAAACGGCAUCGUGCCGUUGUACAUCAGCGGCAUCCAAAUCAAGAUAAUCGUACAGUAUCGAAAAUAUUGGGAGAAUGGUGGUAUGCUUUGGGACCAGAAGAGAAACAAAAGUAUCAUGAGCUUGCUUCAGAAGUGAAAGAAGCACAUUUUAAGGCACAUCCGGACUGGAAAUGGUGUAGUAAAGACAGACGAAAGUCAUCGACGACCAGCUUUAAGGGAAGUGAAACAGGAAGGACAAAGUUGAACAGUACGGGAGAAGAAACAGAUCUUUUGCAGGGUUCUUCGUCAGAGGAUCCAAUAACAAUUACACCUGCCGAUGAAGUAUCUACUCCAAUUACUACCACAUGUAAUGAAACUUCUACUAACGUUGAGAUUAUGAAUCAGUCACACACGCAACAUCGGAUCUCGGAGAUUCCUCUGCAAAUCGAAAAUGCAGAGAGCGACAGUAAGCAGGACGACGAUGCAAAUGGAUCAGAUGACGAUCAGAUGGUUAUUUGUGAAGAUCCUCAGCCAGAAAUAGAUUUAAAAUGUAAAGAUAAAUUGACAGAUAGUGAUAACGACGGACAAGAUGAGGAUGCAGAGAAAAUAUGUUAUAAUCAAUCGCAAUUUUCGGCAGUAAGCGGUUCAAAGAGGGAAGUCAUCAACGUUAAACAGGAAAUAACAUGCAGGCCUAAACCGAUAAAAGCACGGAUACCCUCAACAGGUAUAGAAUCUACAACAAAAUAUCACCAUACUUCCAUGGAUAAAGGCAGUACUGUAUCAGUUUUAUCGAGUACGUAUCCUUAUCACAGUCCUGUCAAUCCAACAGGAGUGUCAGGGUUCCAACCUACUGGUGGCGCUUUCAUAACUAUGCCGAUAUCGCCGAAAAUUAUUAAACCGGAACCGGUAAAGAGCGAGCAGCAGUAUAGCACACAGUACAGCGUAAAUAAUCUCGUGAGCAUCCACACUGAGAACGGACGAAACAUGCCUAAAUUUACAUCAGCUCCAGUAUUACAUACUAUUGGAUCAAAACCUAUGAUGGCGCUGUUGAAACAACAGCAGCCGUUGCAGUCUUUAGGCACUACUCUUCGUCCCCUUACUUCAACUGUCCCUUAUCAACCACCGCUCACUCUAACAUUGCUCGAUAACGAUUUGGUGGCUGUUUCCAAACCGCAGCAGGGAUCGCAGUACCUUAACCCGACGCCGCCGCACUCCAGGAUGUAUGGUGGUUUCCAGAUACCCAACACUGACGCUGGUAGCCGCAAUAAUUCGAUAUCCGUGCAGAGUUUGGUUUCGAAUAAUAAGAUGGAAAUUCAAAGCGUGAUUGUCAGCAAACCUUAUCCUGCAACGUUAUCGACAAUCUCCACUACAUCGACUUAUCGAGGGAUUGGCCAUUCUAUUGCUCGCCUCGCGGAAUCCGAGAACAAUAAUGACAAUCAAUUGGCUACGAAUCACACUCAGUUUUAUGUCAGUAAUAUAAAAGCUGAAGACAGAAAGGGUACAGUAAAUAUUGCUCUUCCCGCAACAAAUGAGAUACAUAAGCAACCAUCGACGCCUCACACGCCACAUACACCUCAAAAUAAUCACGGAAACGGUGAUCUGUCAUCGAAUAAAUCAUACACAUUCGAUGAAGGGCAAAGUAAUGACCUAGGGCCAAGCAAGGGUCCAUUCAUGCUUGCUCCGACUCCGGCACAGCUUGGUCGAGCGCCACUUCAAAGGAGACAAUCAAUGGCAGUGCCUCCCGCAUCAACUGCAGGAGACCAUGGGCCAAUGGCAACAUCUCAACAUUGUGAUAAUCGACCACAAAUAAAUACAUCUCAAACGACAGAGCAACAACAGAAUUUUACAGAAUCGCAUAUUUCUCCUUCUCCCUCUGCUAAGAAGGGUUCCUUCUUUAAGAAAAACGUGGAGGAUGGUAUGGACAGAGUUCUCGAACAAGUGAACUUCCAAGAAAAAUUCUCAUCGUUGCCAGAAUUCAAACCGGAGGAUAUACAAAGAUUACAAAGUCCGAAUGCGAUCAGUAUAAACACUCCGAUUAGUAUAAAUACUCCGGGUUCAGCUAGCCAUAACAGUGCAGCUGCUAUGUUACAUCCGCAAACACGUAUACACACCUACAGUCGAAAGAAACCUAUACAAGUAGUACCUCAUAGGCCCACAGUAAAUGAGGAAGAGAUCGAGUCGGAUACACCGAUAUCAGCCACUCCAAAGUCUGCUUCGAAUGUUAAGCUGACAGGCACCACAUUCUUCGGCCCAGAUUUCAACGUCGAUGCUUAUAGAGCCAACAACGAUUUAAUGGAUGUCGAUGCCAGCUCUCCGCGUACGCCAAAAACCCCUGGGAGCAGUGCUGGAAAUACCGUGCUGGGAAUCGGUAGAAGUGAUAACGAGCGUGGUCAUAGGAAGAUACUGGAGCAACGGAGACAAUUGGUCAUGCAAUUGUUUCACGAGCAUGGUUACUUUCCAACGUCACAAGCGACUACCACGUUUCAACUUGAGCAUGUGGAUAUAUUUCCUACCAAGACUAGUUUGCAACUAAAGAUUCGAGAGGUGAGGCAAAAAUUGAAAGCCAAUUCGACGCCGAGUGCUAACAGUCUUGUUAGUCCAUUACCGGUCUCUGAAUCUUCUCCUGUUGUAACUGGUCCAACUGCUCCUCCAACAUCGAUAGGAGUUCCACAUUCACUGCCUGUAAGCAGUAGUGGUAGCUAGCACCCACGUGCCAACUGUGAUAAUGUGCAUCCCCUUACUCCGCAACACGAAUACAUCAUCAUUCUUUGAAGAGCGAAGUGUUCACUAGAAAAGUCAAAGUGUACACUCUCUUUGAGAUUUAUAAAGUACUGCGAAAGGCUUUAGUGCAAUUUUAAAUUACGAUAAAGUCUAGUGCGGAUGACUUUAGCGGGCAUACUGAGACGUGUCGAUAUAUAAAUGUCAAUCGAUCGACUUUGUAUAUAAUAUUGAGCUAUUAACGGUUUGGAGAUGCUCUCUUGGAGUGUGUGUUUGAAUCUUUGUGUUCGAUCGUCAUUGAACAAUAAAAGAAAUGACGAAAAUUGCGAAUAUUUAAUAGAUAAGUCGCGAUACUCCACGGUAAUUUAUGUUUUUGCAUGCAAAUUUUACAUUAUAUGAAUCCCGUUGUAUUAUACUAUACCACAUAAUGCAGUAACGUGGUAAGAAUAUAAUAAGCAAUGCAUAAGCUUGGUUGUAUGUUGAAACCUGCCACGAGAUGAAAACUUUCUUCUUUGAAACAAAGAGACAAUACUACACUGCACUAUAGAUUCAAAGAUGAUUGAAAAGAAUUAUUAUGAUAAUUCAAAUAUGAUAUUAUUUUAUUACGUUUUAAAAUUGUAAUUCGCAUUUUACUGCGCAGUCUUGAUUGUGCAAUUGAUAUUUGUACAUCAACACGUCCUGCGUGAUUCAUGAAAGGCCUAAGCCAUUGUUAAAUAUUGUUGAAAAUAAAAGUCAUAGAGAAAAAGAGGGACAGAAAAGCGAACGAGCGAGAGAGAGAGAGAGAAUCGUAAUUGGGAAUAUUAUGGAACAUAGAAUUAC